AUCACUUUCUUAUUUAGCCUGUUGUUACUUUUGAAUUUCCAGUAGCGGACCGAAAUUGUUUCAACUAAAAAAAAAAUGAAUUGCCAACAAUUCGGUUUUUUAGUUUUCAUCUGUUCCGCUUUCAUCGCCAGUGUUAGCGCUUUGAACGCCUGUGGUGGCAAGGUAUUUGUCGAGGAUGCGGUCGUCAUAGACGCCCCAACCGAGGCGGAUUGCGUCUGGAAAAUUGAAACUGAAACGGACCGAAUUUUGGCAAUCAGCGCAGUCCGAGACGAAAAUCUCCACCAAUUUUUGACCAUUCGUGACGGACUAGUUGAAGGAUCUCCGAUUCUCCUUGCCAAGGAUCAACAGGAAAUUGUCUACACAACUCAAUCAACAGCCGAGAUCCGAUUGCAAAAGAUGCCAAAAACAUCCGCUUCUAAUUUUCAAUUGAAAAUCCAAAAGGCGGUCGUUUGCCCGACUGAUUUGGGAUUGGAAAGCAACUGCACCCGAUUGGUCGACGAUGUUUCCUGCCACUGCGCUUCAUUCACCAAGAGGAAUCAAACCGACCAGAAAGCUUUCUGCGACGAUAACGGCAUGUUGUUGGUGUCGGUCGAAACUCCGGAAGAAGAUCAGGCCAUUUCAGACACCUGGGGAUUAGGCAGCGAUUUCUGGACGAGUUGCGUCAAGAAUUUUGGACGUUGGGUUUGGGAGGCGACCGGUAAGAAUCUGUACCCGGGCUACGUCAAUUGGUACCCGAUCGCCGAGCCGUUUUGCAACGACCAGUGGGACGCCAACUACACCUGCAUGUUGAUCGGCUACAACGGCCUCCACUGGGCCAGUUACCAUUGCGACGGCGUUUGGGGUGCCGUCUGUGAACUCCAUCCGUAAGAAUUUGGUUAUACAACUUGAUGAUGUACUGAUAAUAUAACGCAAUAAUAAACGACAAAAAUCGAAA